AUUGCUGUUGUUGGUGGUGUCCUUUUCCUACCUCCUUGAGCUGCAGUUACUCAAGUGGAAAGGAAGAAGAAUCAGUGGUGACGCUGGGAAUGGAACUGUGGGCAGAUUGACGGCGGUGCUCGGUCUUGGUCUCCUGCAAACAUUAAUCCCGGGGAAUAAACCGAGGUUGUUGCACUGCCAGGACAGCAUGAGUGUUAUUCCGGGGGAGGUGGAAAUUGGUGAGAAGCGACCCCGGGGCCAGGAAAUACAGAGCACCCGUUUCGUUCCGAGUCCCUGCGAGGAAAUGUAAAGCCUGCAGAGGGUGUCUAGCGGGGAACACCACUAAUCUGCUCGGGUUUUUAAGCCGGACUGUGAAUCCCUUUGGAACAACACAUCCAUUUAUAUAUUUAGCUGCUCUUGCCAUGGAAGAAAGUGCGAGCGAAUUACUGCCGGAUCUGAAGGAUUUGGAGAAUAAGGUGGGACGCAAGACGCCCGAAGGCUUGCUGCGGUGGUUGCGGGAGGACACGGCGCGGAUCGCCGGGGAGAAGGUGGACACGGCCGGGGCGAGCGGGGACCAGGCAGCGCUGUUCCCCGGGCAGAACAAGAGGCUGCCCCAGGGGCUGGCCGAGAAGAUCCGAGUGCUUCGGCUGGAAAUGGCAUAUCUAAGAACGAUUGAUAUCAAGAUUAUGCACCAACUGAUGGCUGUUAAUGAAGGGAUUGAGGCAGUGAAGUGGAUUUUGGAAGAAAAAGGCACUCUUGCCAGCAGGUGCAGUAGUCUGACCAGCAGCAUGUACAGCCUUGUGGAAAGCCAGGAGACUUCAAGGAGAGGUAGCUGGAACAGCCUACAGGAUCCAAAUGAUAAAUUGGAUGGCAUCUCUAUUGGAAGUUUUUUGGAUACUUUGGCUGAUGAUAUGGAUGAAUAUUGUCAGACCUCCACUGAUCCUUUGUCUUCUACACCCUCAAACCAUGGAGGCUCAUUCACUACAAUGGAGAAGGAAAUAUAUACCAAUGAGAUGCAUUGUCAACAAACCAACUUGGCUAAUGGCUUUUCAGAAAAGGAAGGAAAAAAUGCUGCUGAUUGCAAUGUGGAAAGUAAAUUCUGUCAUGAUAAACCAUGUAAAGAUAUUGGGAAACUGAAGAUCCAAAAAAAUGGGAAAAUAGAUCAUGAUGGUUGCAAACGAAAUAAAAUGCAUAUUGAGUAUGAUGCCCAUUGGCAUUGGGUACAGUCACAAGAUGAUGUAACGUUCCUGUGAGGGCUGAUACUGUUAAUGAUCAAUGCAGUAGUACUCAACUCCCCCACAAUCAAAUCCAUUACAAUCCAAAUCUGAAUUAAUAAUAUUAGCACUAGAUGAGUACAUGUGGGCUAUUUGAAGCUUUAAGAUUUUUUUUUUAAUCCUUGAUCAAAAAUUUUUAGCAGUAACCGAGCGUGCAAGUUUCAAAAGAUAUUUGGUCCUCAAAAAGGUUAUUCUGCUCUGUUUCAUUUCAGUGAUGCGUGACAGUAACAAGCCAUUUGCUUUGGCUGCUUUUUUUUAUUGCAGACUGAAACUGUCAGGUUCAUACAUGUGGGUGGUUAAUAUGACAAAAUGUAGAAAAAACACAUUGGAGGUAUUAUAAUAAAAGCCAAAUGUUUCAAGUGUCAGAACAGAGCAGUAAUGUGAGAGACUUGACAGUUUUAAAGAUUUGGAGAAUGAGUUGGUUUUUAAUUGCUGAGAUUACAUUUAGAUGGGAAUCAUAGUUGGUACAAACAGUUUGUAACUCUGUUCUUUUGUUGUAGUAUAAAUGCAGCCUUAAUCAGGAGACCAACCUGACAUUGGAGCAGAGCACAAUUAUGUUGGAUCACAGUUCUGGAUUUACACCACAGACAGAUAGCACUGAUAUGAAAUAGAAACUAUUUCACACUGUAAAUGCAUUCUAGAUAAAGCAAGCUAUUGCUAUUAUAAAAAUUAGAAUUCUAAAAUAUAUUUUGGUUAUGACAAGUAAUGGGGAAAAUAAAAGUCUGUAUUCUGGCUCUGACUAGCUAAAUAUGUUUUGAGCUGCAGGUUGAGUACCACAUAAUGCAAAGGAUUAGGAUGAUCCUUCAGUAAAUAGUAUUCUUACAUGCCACAUCAAUAAUUAUACUGUUUUCCAACUAUUGCAAAAAUUAGGUAGCAUGAUAAUUGUAGUGUAAUGAAAAUUAAUUGAGUGUAUUUUCAUUUGCAAUAUUAAUGAGGUUUGGUCUAGCAGAUGAAAGAUUAUACUUUUGUAUGUGGGAGUAAGCACUUAAAUUAGUAAAUUUUGAUUUAUCUGGGAAGAGAAACAUUCCAAGGUUCAACGGGUUUAAAUAUUUGCAGAGACUUAAAAUAUUUGAGCCAUUCAUGAGUUAGUCAUUUCUUGUGUGGAUAGUUUUGAGAUGCUAAUUUCUACUGGGGUUACCUGCUUCAUGGGCCCUGUCUUCAUCCUCUAUGUAGCUUUUAACAUGGAAUAUGUUCGUGCACACAUUCAUUUUUUCUUUUGGUAGAGAGAAAUUCUGAUUCAUGUUUAAAUGGCAGGGUAGCAGUAAGCUAGUUAACCUCUCACUAUGGCUGGGAAACCUUUUAUCAAAUGUCAUUCAGUUCAACACAUACUUUUCCUUUUAUGAGGGAAGAUAUUAGGUCACAAAGAUUUUUUAAAUCUAGCAAAAGGGAGGCAUCAUUAUUGUAUAUCUGAAAUGUGUGCAGAAAUAAUCACUUUAUGUAGUUAUUCAAAGAAAUGUUUUAAGAUAUGAUGCAGGAUUCUUUUGAUGCAAACACAAUUGCCUUUGGGAAGGUAUCACAUUUUCUUUCCCCCCCAAGAGAAUGUUGAAUGACAAACCAGCAGGGAUGUUUGAAAACCGCAGAGAAUUUUUCUUGUUAAAAUACCUAGUGUUCUGCAAUUUUGGAGUUGUAGUUUUGACCUGGUUUAUUCAAACUCUUCUGGAGUACAUUUAGUUAUUAGACUUCAAAUCAAAGGCCAACUCUGCUAUUCAUUCGAAAACGUGUAAAAUGUUAAAACUAACUGUUGAAGCUGCUGUAGAAUGGAGGAAAAGAAAGCCUUUUUAUUGUUUUGCCGUUAAUGCUGAACCACCUUUGCUAUUCCUAAAUUUAGCAUUAAGUCAUGUGUACAACUUCAGAUAGUGAAGGUCAUCAGGAGUUUUCAGAGGUUCAGGGAACCAAAGUUCAUCCUCUAAUAAGGUUAAAGUUUGCCUUAAUCCUGACCCUAACCACCUAGUUUUGAAUUUUUAAGCAUUUCUUUCUGUGGGCAUGCAUCCAGCCAAAGGAGUGUGCUGUUUAAUUGAACCACUUCUUUCUGAUUCUCUAAGUAGGAAGCCAUUUUAAUUGAAAAACAUCUGAUCAAAGUUGGACUGUGCUGAUGUAUUUUUUUUUAAUUCAGGUGAUUUGGCAUGCAGUUACAGGAGAUCUAGUGAGCAAACAUUAGCUUGUGUUGAGGUAGGCAUGUCUUCUAAAAAAUUGAAUUUUAAAAGCCAGGCCAACCAUUGGUGAUUGAAGUGUUGAAUUCAUGUGUUUAUAUUAAUGUUGUUUUGCAACUUCAAGGUUAUAAUGCAUUUUUCAGAAAGUAACAAUAUAUGAGAACAGACAUGAGCCAGAAAAAUGAAAAUCAUAUCAUUAGCAGUGAAUCAGUCUAAUGGGCAGUUUUGGAAUUAAAAGGGUCAUCUAGUUUGGAUUCACCAUGUAAAACCUUUUUGAUUAUCUAGUUUGCUUAUGGUGGAAGAUAGGUCUAGGGAGAAAACAUAUUUGGCUUAAUAAGUUAUGGAUAAACCAAGUCUCUCUCUUUUUAUGCGGUACUCAAAAUGGUUCUUAUAGACCGGAGAUAUUGAUAUUUUUGCUGAAAUAUAAAGGUUUUAAACAAAGGUUUGAAGGUGAUUGAAGCACCUGCCAAUAAUGAAAACAGGAAAAGAAAUAUUCUUUAAUAAAGCAACACAGUGCACUAAAGUCUUGAAGUAAGGUGAUUGCCAAACGAUGAACAUUUCUAUUUGUGUAACAUGUAUAUGUGUAUAGUAUGAUGUGUCUGGAUAUUAUAGAAUUUGUCAAAUUUAACUUGUUCAUUGAUAAAUCCUGGAAUCGAUCCCGUGUGUUUGGGACUUCCACUCUCAUCCUAACUGGACUAAGAUUUGAAGUAAGCUGCUUCAUUCCAUUAACUGUAUUUAAUACAUUCCUUGGUUAUACAUUUUGUAUUUUACUAUAAAACUUAGUUUUAUGAAUAAAAUAUAAUCAUGAUAAUAUGCUUGUGAAUGUUACAGCUAUCUAAAUUACAGAUUGAUGCAGUGACAGCAAUAUUAAACCCUUCUGUAUACAAAGUUAAAUUGUGUGUAAAUAUUUUGAAUAAUUUCUGGUAAAAUAUUACUGGAAUCAGACUCAUUUGUGCUUUUCCUGUUUAAAUGACCUGUGUCUUUGCCUUAGCAAUUUGUUCAUUUAUGAUGCUGGAGGUUUUAACAUAUCUUAUAAACUAAUGAAGACUACUAGUUGAGGUGCACUGCAAUCUGAACUGUUGAUCAGUGAUCUAGCAUUUUUGGGAUUGUUCUUUUUAAUACUUGCCUUAUGGGGACACUUUCUGCACCACAGUAGGCCUUCAGCUUCCAGUUUUUAUGUAUAUACAAUGAAAAGAUUUUGUAGACCUUUUGGCACCUUUUUUAAAUGGAGUUCCUGACCUUUGUAUAUCAAUUUAUUUGCUGUUUUAUUCCACAAGGAGGGUUGAGUUGUGUUUUGUUGUGUUGUUACAUGGAUAGGAUGCUAUUUUGUGUUUAAGCCCAAUUAAUAUUAUGUUCUUGUUUUGUUUAAGGAAACUUUGAACUCCAAAUUUCAAACACUUUUUCUCCUGUAGAAUCCUCCCACAAUUGCAUUCCAAUCUUACCCUCCUCUAACCCCCAGGAACUAUCUAAAUUAUACAAAGUAUUUCUAAAUCCAGAUUAUCCAUACAUUUAGUGUGCUGCACUUUGUCUAUUUUGGGCAUCAAUGUAACAAGAAUGUUAAUCUGUUUAUUAAUUUCAACAAUUGCAUUCAUUUCAUCUCUGCAAAGCAUUAUUGAAGAAUGCAUUUGAGUAGUCAUUUAUGAACAUUAGACUAACAAGCACAACAGGAGAUAAUUACAAACAGGGUAAAAACAGUUAUGCAAAAGCAGAGAGUCAUCUGAUUGCUACACUCCAAGCUCAGGUUGUGGACAAAAGAAUCAAGGGCACCUUAGCUGCUUCAUGCUCGAAAUGUUUCCCACUUGACUUUAAGGUAGCUUUUUGUAGUAAUUGUACUUCCUCCAAGAAUAGAGACACAAGAGGCACUUGCAUUUGUCAUCUUUCCGCUUGAAGUUACAAAUCUGAAUUUUAUUAAAGCAACAUUACAUGUGCAGGCUGCAACUUAUAAAAUGACGUCUAUGAAAUUAUCAAUCUGGUACAAGCUGAUGUGAAUAAAUUUAUAAGAUAAGUCAUAAGAUGUCUAACAUCAAUUCCUUUCCAUCAAUCCAUUGUGUAAUCCUGUGCAGACUGAAUAAAACUGAUUUUGAUAUUUAAUAAUUAUAUAAUAAAAAGAUGUAUUGCUGCCAAAUGAUGUACAAACAGCAGUGUCAUAGCAUCUUUGUUAACACACCACAAAGUUAGUUUUAAAAAAAACAAGUCGUAAUAGUAAAAGAUUACGACUUGGCAGGAAAUGGUUAAUGUUGCUAUAAGAAAACCAUAGAAUUAGAAACAAGUGAAACCUGGCAACUUUUUAAUAAAAAUGU